AUGCUCUACAGGCGAAGCCGUCAUUUAUCUCCGGCGCUCUCUUCCGCCCUCAAAUCUGUGAGGCCCGCAUUUUUCUGUUCGAAUCUCAACCCUAAUAAAACCCAAACAUCCCUCCGGAACAGAAUCCCUAAAUAUAAGAGCUCAGCCGAUCCCCUCCUUGCCGGCGGCGAUCGCCGGAUUGCGCUCUCACCCAAUCCUUCGCUGUCUGCACCAUCCGACCACACAACUUCCUAUAUUCUCGCCCGUCUUUCCGAACCCUCUGAUCGUCCUCUCGAUUUCGAUUUCCUGCUCCAAAGCUUCAAGAACAAGCUCACAUCCGACCUCGUGCUUCGAGUUCUCAGAAACUACAAGCAGUUAGGGAGAUCGCGAACCCUAGAGUUUUUCUCCUGGGCUGGGUUUCAGCUGGAUUUUCAUUUCGAUGAUGAGGUGGUGGAGUACAUGGCCGACUUCCUCGGCCGCAGGAAGCUCUUCGACGACCUCAAGUGCCUUCUGAAGACGGCGGCAUCGCGGAGUGGACGCGUUUCGGCGCGGUCGUUCGCAAUCAGCAUACGAUUCCUAGGGAGGCAUGGGAGGAUUAUGGAGGCACUUGCUCUCUUCGAAUGGAUGGAAUCUGAGUUCUUCUGCAGCCCGGAUAAUGCUGUAUUCAACAACAUGCUCUAUGUCCUCUGCAGGAAAGAUCCGCAUGGAAACUUCAUUGAUGCCGCGCUCUUAUUCUUUCGACGAAUUGGUAAGCCUGAUGAAUUCACUUACAGUAAUAUUCUCAUUGGCCUGUCCAGGUUCGGUAGAUUCGAUAUUGCCAUACAGGUUUUCCAUGAAAUGAGUAGAUCUCACUUGAUUCCUACUAGAACUGCUGCCAACAUACUUAUCAGGCAAUUAUGUUGGAAGAAGAAGGAACUCGUAGAGAAGGUUAAAGUCACAAGUGUUCGCAAGCCCUUUGAAAUAUUGGUUCCUUGUGUUAGAGCCAAGAGUUGCAUAGAGUCAGCAGUAGAUGUCUUUUGGGCGAUUUUGGAGUUGGAUUUGGUGCCUAGCGGGCAUGCCAUUAAUGCUCUCAUUACAGAAUUAUCCCACUUACAGAAGUUUGAGGAGGCCUUUGAGAUUUUGAAACUGGUCGGUAGUAGGAAGCUGAGAUGUUGCCAUGAGAGUUAUAUUAUAGUUAUACAGGAAUUGUGCAAGGUUUGCAGAGCACAGGAAGCUUGUGGUUUGUUUGAGAAGAUGUUGUCUGAAGGGUUUAAGCCAAAAGUUUCUUGCUACAAUUCAUUAAUUCAAAUGCUUUGCAAGCUAAGGAAUGUGGAGGGAGCAAAGAAAUACUUUGAAACCAUGAAGAAGAAGAAGAGGUGUGAACCAGAUUGUGCAACAUAUACUUUGCUAAUUCAUGCAUACAGUGAAGUUCAAAAUUGGGAGGGUGCUUAUGAGUUGCUGAUGGAAAUGAUGGAAAUGGGAUGGAAUCCUCAUUUUGAUUCAUAUAGGUUGGUGGGUGGGUUUUUAAGAGAAAAUGGAAGGCAUGAUUUGUUGAUGAAGAUGGAAAGGGAAAUGGAUGUGCAGUUGUUACAUGCUCAUUGUAAGGCUGGAAGAGUUGAUGAUGCCUAUGAAAAAUUGAAGGGGAUGAUUGGUAAAGGAUUUUAUCCGCCAAUUUACGCAAAAGAUGCAUUUGAGCGAGCAUUUAGGAAGGCUGGGAAGUCCUGGAGUACAUCAGGGUGGUAUCAGAGCCAGCACAGCAACAUGGCGGAUAAGGGGAAGGAGCCAGUCUCCGAAGAGGGACGAAGUGUAGAUGCACUAUGGGCAAACUAG